GUAAAGAGUGACAUGAAAAAGUUGUAAAAUUAGGCAUGGGAAAAAAGGUAUAGAAGUUUUUUUGUCCUCAUAUGAUAGUAGAAUAUGGAUGAAGCAAAAUGGUAGGUUCAGAAUAGGCAGAAGGAAGUACUUCAUAACACAUAAAUACCUCAUGGAUUUCAAUGCCACAAGAUGUAGUGAUGGGCAUCCAUCUGGACAGAUUUAAAAGGGAUUAAACAAAUUCAUGAAGGAGAUCAACAGCUCCUAGCCACAUGGGCUAUAUAUUACCUUCGGUAUUAGCAGCAGUAUGCACUAAGUAAUGGGAACUUAUUUCUCAGUUUUGUAACUGUGGACCCAUUUUUGUAAGCCAAAUAGACACAAAAAUGUCUAUUCACCUGACACAGAGGCAGUGAAUGCGUGGCCCGCAGAGUGUAAUUAAUCUGCAACUGUCAUCAGCUGUUGCAGGACAACAGUAUCUGAAGAAUGGCAUAUUCCUAGCCCUGCCUUAGCCUAAGGGUUGUUUCGAAGGAGAGGCAAUACAUUUUUGCCUCUCCUUCGAAAUGCAACAUACGUACGUGGUUCCCAUAUUUCCUUACAUUACAUUUGUAUUGUACCCUGUCUCCAGAGGACACAGUGCAACAUAGUUGGUUCCCACCUUUCGGCUUCAUAAUCCCCAGAUUAGUUUUGGAGUGGAGAGACAGUGACCUUCUCAAGGUCACCCAGAAAGUAUUGUGGCUGAGUAGAGAUUUGAAUUCAGCCCCUCCCCCACAAGUGUGAAUCCUACACUGACCACUAACUACAUCAAGGGUGGGAAACAUUUUCAGGCUCGGUGGCCCCCCUGCAACAGUUGCCCUAUGUACUUAUUCCAUGCAGUAACACUCAACUGCAGACCACAUUCUGUGCAAAGUACUUCAGAAACUUCUAAAUGCCUUUAAAUAGCCUCAUUUAUGACCACUGAUUGGAGUUAACAGUUGAAGAAGCUUGCAGAAGAUACCGAACUGGCUUUCAGCUGCCAUGGAAACAGACGAAAGCCUCAUGCACUAACAGCCACAGUGAAGUGUGGUGUGCAAGCUAAAAUCACAACCAAUGGAGAAGCCCAGAGAUGGUGAUAUUCCUGGACUGAAGAGCGAAGAUUGUGUGCAGGGGAGGUACUAGACGGCUUGCAGAUAUGUUUACCUUGACAGAAGUGACCUUCCAUAAUAACAGCCAUGCCCGGUUCCAAACGCUAAAACCUUGGUGGGAUGUCCUGAUGGAUUACUUAGUACUGGCAAUGCUGGUGGUUUCUCUUCUCUCAGGAACCCUGCUCAUCUCUGUUGACCAAAUGACAUGCUUGCCUCUGAAUGACAAAUUAAAUGAGUCCACAGCAGCUACAUCCAAGGUUGGAGCUAGAGAUCAUGCCAUCAAAGAAGUGUUUCCUGCUGCAAACAGUGGCCGUUCAAUCAACCUUGAUUACCAGCAGUACCUGUACAUCAACCAUGUCUGCUAUCAGAAAACUUUGCCUUGGCUUUCUAAGUACUUUCCUUAUCUUGCACUUGGCAACUCACUUCUGUUAAUGGCAAGCAGCAACUUCUGGUUCCGGUACCCUAAGACCUCAUCAAAGAUUGAACAUUUCUUAUCCAUCCUCAUGAAAUGUUUUGAGUCACCUUGGACGACCAAGGCUCUUUCUGAAAUGGCUUGCCAGCAUUUCCAAGGGCUACCCAAAACCACUGAUGCUGGAGGGUGUCAAGAACAACUGAUUUCCCCUUCAUCCUCUCCCAUUCUGGACCGGAAGGACAGGGAACAGGGACGGGCACUCUUUGAGAAAAUCCGCAGAUUCAGAGUGCAUACUGAAGGCGCUAGUCUGAUUUACAUGGUUUACAUGGGACAAACAAUCUUCAAAGUGGUAAAAAUUCUAACUGUGCUGGGCUAUACCUCCAACUGUGUAGGGUCCAUCUCCUUCAAGCAUGUUUGCUGGUUGAACACAGAGAACCUCACUGGCUACUCUACUUUCCUCUGUACCCAUAGCCUGGCUUUCAUUCUGCAGAAGUUGAUGACGACUUAUCUGUUUUUGGUAAUACUCUAUGGGGUAGUAGGGGCUUACCCCCUCUUGUGGCUGAUGCGGCAACCACUGCACAAGUAUUCUUUUAAGCAAGUGCGAGCAGACCAUUGCUUCCUUGACAUCCCAGAUGUCUACAAUGAUUUUGCUUUCCUGUUGCAUAUGGCAGACCAGUGCGACCAACUAUACUCAUGGCGACUUUCCAUCUUCCUCUCAGCUAUGAGCGAGAGCUGUUUCCUAGAUGUGAGUUUUCACUCUGAAUUGGGAAUGGAAGACUGGGCAGAAUUUUCAGGCCCUGGUCACAAAAUAAACACAUAAGCACAUCAGAAAAAAGGAAUUUAACUUUAUACCCUUUAAUCCUUUUCAAAUUUCAAACAUACUACAGUACUGUGAUAGCAGUCUCUGAGAAAGCAGAAACAGGACAUCCAGACCUACCCAAAAGUUCAAAUGAAAAUCCUGUCUUCUCCAUCUCCCUUUCCUCCCCAUCUUAGAAAUGAGUUGAAGCUUUUAAAGAUUUUAUGAUAGGAAAGGGAAAGAUAUAUGAGAUGGGUAACCGAAACACCGAGAUAGGGAAGAGGGAUGUUUUUAAUUGCAAGAAGAAAAGCCAACGAUGUAAAAUCACUACGAUUUAUCAAAAGCAUUUGUUAACAGGCAAAGCUUGGGAAAAUUCCUUCUUUUUACUAGAGUUCCCAAUACCAAAAAACAAAAAAAAACCAAGACAAAGUCCCAUAUUUUACAGAUAUAUAAUGAUGUAUGUCAUAUAAAUUGAAAGGUUUACUGUCACUGAACCAAGAACACAGGAAAUAUUAUUCCCACCUGGAAACUUAGCUUGCUCUAGCUUGCAUUUUCAAGGAAAAACCAACAUUGUCAAAAUAUUUUGGUUGAAACCAAGACAUGCUUCACUGUAGCCAAAGUUACACAGAAGCCCUAUUCAGUUGUGUUUUAAAGUGUGUGGAGCCCAUAUGAAUUCAGGAACCAUGCUCAACCCAUUACUCCACUGUAUCUUUAAUUAUGGAAACAUAACUGUCUGGAUUACUGAGUGCUAUAACCAGGUGUUCUCUCCACAUCAGCUAGAAGCCUGAUCGGAAUGUUGGUUCAACAUGGAUAGGGUAGCCAAGUUUAACAGCCUUCCCAUCUUCAGACAGUCAUGUUUCUGUGAUUAAAGAGGCAAUGGAGAGGGUGGAGUUAACAUUGCUUUCUGCCAAAUGUGCACAGUCCACACCCUUUAAAACACAAUAAAAGCAAAAAGAGGAUUGUGGGCAAUCUUGGUUUAGCCCAACAGCCGAUAACAUGCAGAGCAAGGAACAAGACGCUCAGGAAACUUUAUAGGAGCAGGAGGACAGAUUGCUUGGCAAGGCUACAGUAAAUGUCACAGCAGAGAUCAAUCUACUCAUUAGCUAAACCAAAUAGAGAACUUCUAGGAAGGAGUUAACAAACAGAACAUCUAGUGCAAGGUCCCCAGUUUCCUGGCUUGCCAUGUGUUAUCUGGAAGAUUAUGAGAAAGGAUUAUCAGAAAGGCUAGUUAACCUUGCCUGCUGCUCAGCUAGUGCUUUAUACCGGAUAUAGCUAUCUAGCACCUAUAAGACUAAUUACUAUUGCUAGUAUACAGUAAAUUGUUACAGCUAACACAGUUACCUUCUACAUUACUUUUUCAGAUAAUGCUGUCCUUCCAGUAUCAACAAACACCCAUUUUAAUUGGUGUCAAAUGUCUUUAGGCUGGGCUCACAAUAUUGGUGAAAGUAUUGGAGUCAUCUGGGGAGACAAAGGUUAACUCUGAGUCACAUGAGUUGACAGUUUAACCAGCAGGAUUCCAACCUGCUUUGACCCUUUGCACCAGCAGAGGGAAUUUUGAAGAGUGCUCACUUGUGGACAAAACAUGGUAGUGACAUUAAAAAGACAUUAAUAGCGCUGUUGAUAUUCUUUCAUGGAGUACUGUAUAUCUGGAUGGAAGUCCAAAGUACACGAAAAUGGAUAGAAAACAUGAAGUGAUAUCACUGCAAGAACCAUGGUUUAUGGUAAAUAAAAAGAUAUACUACCAGGAUUUACAACAUAGGCCGAGCUAGCACAGAGAACAAAAAAUAGGAGCAGAGGAGGUUUAGCCACAGAAGGUUUUACCAUUUUGUUUAAGUUGGAGCUGGGAUGGGGUGGUGGACUGAUUGAUAGUUUACUAUGAUUUUCUAACUUUCUGGUGGUAAAGCUUAUUACCAGUGGCACAGUGAUAAUUAUGACAAAUGUUCAUGUACCUGCAACUUCUUCCCAGUAUUAUAAUGCAGACAUACGGCUACAGUGGAACUAUUAUUUCGAGGAGUUGGGUUUGAGGUUUCCAAGUACUCUCAUCAUAUUGUUAGGCAAUAUUAAUGCCAGGAUGGGUCGUCAUCAUUACCAUUAAAAUCUCUGAGCCAUGUGGUAUUUUUGAAGAGUUCCCUAGAUUUGGAAAUCCAGACGUAAAAACAUGAAUAACACUACUUUAAUCUUAUUUAGGAUAAUAUAUGUUUGAUCUGCAGAUUAUAGGUUCCAAUAAAUUUAACACAGUAUACCCUUUUAUUUUCUGCAUAUUCAAGUAGUGCUCACAACUAUGUGGAUGUUUCUAGACGGAAGGUUCAUUUAUUCUCUGACAGAACAGUUAACACGAGGAAAGACAGUAAUCACCCAUUCAUAUUGGUGAAGUUAACAAUGGGAUCAGAUCUAAGGAUAGUAUUAUGCUCCAACAAACAGGACAGAAGGUGGAAUUUAAUCAGAAGAGAUUAAAAUAGUAGAAAGAAAGUGACAGCAAAUUAAAUAUUUUCUAGAAUUUGAUUAUAGGUAAAUUACUUUGUGAUGCAAUUUUAAGGCUUGACUCUAAUGCAGACACAAUUAAAAAGACCCAAACUAUGCUCCUAGAAUUAGACAGACUAGAAUACAGUAGAAGAGUCAGUAGUCUUGACUGAAAACUA